AUGGCUGAAUAAGAAUCAUAAGAGAAAAUUGAACUUUAAGAGGAGUAAAUUGAAAAUUCUUAAAAAUAAACUUAAAACCAAGAGAAUAGUCAACAAAAAUAAAAGCGUAAAGUAUAAGUUAGAGAAGUUCCUUCUGAAAAUACAUUGAUAUUUGAUUUUGAAGUUUGUUAAAAUUGUUAAGAACAUUCAUGGUGUACACAUCAUGAUGAAGAAAAGUAUGUGCAAAUAUUUUUGGAAUGUUAAAAAUGUAUCUGUUAAAUUGAUUUUUUAGUAAUAGAAAGUUAGAUUCAAAACAGUUAUUGUACUUUUAAUGAAGGAAUCAAACCAAGUACAGGAUCUUUUGAAAUUAGACAUUAAGGUAUUAAAUUUGAAAUACUUUUUAGGGAUUCUUAUUUAUUCAAAAAAGAAUACAUAAUUGUUUCCAUAACCAUCCUUAUUAGUUGAAAGAAUAAAGAAAUUUCUUGAUGAUCUAGAGAAUAAUGGAGAUGUAUCUAAAUGGGCAAAAAAAAAGGAGGUGAAAUACUAACCUCCAAAAUAAAAAAAAGAAAGAGAAACGUUUUAAUCAUAUAUGAAAAAAAGGGAGGAAGAAGAAAAAAGAUAAAAAGAAGAAAAAGAGUAAGCCAGAAUUUUGGGUGAGUAGGAGGAAUAAAAAAAAAGAGAAGAAGAAUAAAGAAGAUAAGAAUAAUAACAAAAAGAAGAGGAAGAAAAAAAGAAAAAAGAAGAAUAAGAAAAAGAAGAAAAAAGAAUUGAAUAAGAAAAAAUUGAAAAUGAAAGAUUAGCAGAAGAGGAAAAAAAAAUGAAGGAAUAAUAAGAAUAGUAAGUAUAAUAAUAAAAAGAAUAAUAAGAAGGUAACUAAGAAUAAAAUUAGUCAGGAGAAUGA